ACAGAUCUGCCUGUCCGGCUCGAAAACUUCUCCCAGUACGGUCUGAACUCCCCUCACCCACAGGCCCUUUAAUGAGAAUUCCAAUCCUGAUAGAUAUCUUCUUAGCUGCGGCGGGGCUGGUGGUAGGGGUUGUACUUGUUGGAUAUGUGGACGUUGCUGGAAAGCGCAUGAGACAACGGCGUCCAGACGAGGCUGAGAACGGCGAAUACCAGAACUUAGCUCCGGAGGAUGAUGAGGAAGAAUAGGGCGGCUUUGAGUGAAUGUUUGAGUCAAUUAACUUUGAGCACGUGGUG